UAACGUUCGCCUUACGUUUCGGUUGUGCGAGGACCCGGCGGUGUGCAGCCUGGUAACAGUGCGAGGGAAAAAUAAAUAAAUCAGUGAACAAAUAAAGCGGAUUGUACUGUUUCCGGAGUGAAACAGAGGCUUCGGUUAAUCGCAGAGGUGCUGUUGACACCCCAUCGCACAAGGCCGCAACAUCAUGGAGACGGAUCUGUAUGAUGAGUUUGGUAACUACAUCGGGCCAGAGCUGGACUCUGAUGAAGAUGAAGAUGUAGAUGCAGAAGACCGGGAUGCAGAUGAGGCAGAUGAAGAUGACGAUGAUGAUGACCAGGUGGAGGGGGAUGAAGAUGGUGGUGGUGGUGGUGGUGGUGGUGGGAUGGAGGUGGUGCUUCACGAGGAUAAAAAGUACUACCCUACUGCAGAAGAAGUGUACGGGCCGGAGGUAGAGACUAUAGUCCAGGAAGAGGACACCCAGCCUCUCACUGAGCCUAUUAUUAAACCUGUGAAAACAAAGCAGUUCACUCUUAUGGAGCAGGAGUUGCCAGCUACAGUUUAUGACAUGGAGUUUCUUGCUGAUUUGAUGGACAGCUCAGAACUGAUUCGAAAUGUCACUCUGUGUGGGCAUUUACAUCACGGCAAGACAUGCUUCGUUGACUGCUUGAUCGAACAGACUCACCCAGAAAUCCGCAAGAGAGAUGAUGCAGAUCUCCGAUACACAGACAUUCUUUUCACUGAGCAAGAGAGAGGAGUUGGUAUUAAGAGCACUCCUGUUACAAUGGUUCUCCCGGACUCCAGAGGAAAAUCCUACCUGUUUAAUAUUAUGGACACCCCAGGUCAUGUGAAUUUCUCUGAUGAGGUCACAGCAGGGAUCAGGAUCUCGGAUGGGGUUGUGCUGUUUAUAGAUGCUGCAGAGGGGGUGAGUAGGGCUGUUACUGUGGUGAUGCUGAACACAGAGCGCUUGAUUAAGCAUGCAGUGCAGGAGCGGUUAGCCAUCACCAUCUGCAUUAACAAAGUGGACAGACUGAUCUUGGAGCUUAAGCUGCCCCCUACUGAUGCUUACUACAAACUGCGCCACAUAGUGGAUGAAGUCAAUGGCAUGCUCAGCACAUACUCAACUGAUGAGUCUCUGGUGGUGUCUCCCCUGUUGGGCAAUGUGUGUUUCGCUUCAUCACAAUACAGCAUCUGCUUUACGCUCGGGUCUUUUGCUAAGAUCUACUCUGACACCUUUGGUGACAUAAACUACAAUGAGUUUGCGAAGAGACUCUGGGGAGACAUCUACUUCAACCCAAAAACGAGGAAGUUCACUAAGAAAGCCCCCAACAGUAACUCUCAGCGCAGUUUUGUGGAGUUUGUUCUGGAGCCACUCUACAAAAUCCUCUCACAGGUGGUCGGAGAUGUGGACACGUCUUUGCCACGGGUGCUGGAUGAGCUGGGAAUCCACCUGACCAAAGAGGAGCUGAAGCUCAACAUCAGGCCUCUUCUGCGUCUUGUCUGCAACCGCUUCUUUGGAGAGUUUACAGGUUUUGUGGAUAUGUGUGUGCAGCACAUCCCUUCUCCUCAAGGUGGCGCCAGAGCAAAGAUUGAGCACAGCUACACAGGAGGACUUGACUCAGACCUGGGGGAGGCCAUGGCAGAGUGUGACCCUGAUGGUCCUUUGAUGUGUCACACCACUAAGAUGUACAGCACAGAUGAUGGAGUUCAGUUCCACGCCUUUGGGCGGGUUCUAAGUGGAACCCUGCAGGCAGGUCAGCCGGUGAAGGUUUUAGGAGAGAACUACACUCUGGAGGAUGAGGAGGACUCACAGGUGUGCACCAUUGGACGCCUCUGGAUCUCUGUAGCCAGGUAUCAGAUUGAAGUGAAUCGUGUUCCGGCUGGGAACUGGGUGCUAAUUGAAGGGUGCGACCAGCCGAUCGUUAAAACUGCGACCAUCACAGAGCCGCGGGGGACUGAAGAGGCUCAGAUCUUCAGGCCGCUGAAGUUUAACACUGCCUCAGUCAUUAAGAUUGCUGUGGAACCUGUGAACCCUUCAGAGCUGCCCAAGAUGCUGGAUGGACUGAGGAAAGUCAACAAGAGCUAUCCCUCCCUCACAACUAAGGUGGAGGAGUCUGGUGAACAUGUUAUCCUUGGCACAGGUGAACUGUACCUGGACUGUGUGAUGCAUGAUCUGAGGAAGAUGUACUCUGAGAUUGAUAUUAAGGUGGCUGAUCCAGUGGUGACAUUUUGUGAGACAGUGGUGGAAACAUCCUCCCUCAAGUGUUUUGCUGAAACGCCCAAUAAAAAAAAUAAGAUCACCAUGAUUGCUGAGCCUCUGGAGAAAGGGCUUGCUGAAGACAUUGAGAACGAAGUGGUGCAGAUUACAUGGAACAGGAAAAAGUUGGGAGAAUUUUUCCAGACUAAGUAUGAUUGGGAUUUGCUUGCCGCUCGUUCGAUCUGGGCUUUUGGACCCGACACCACUGGGCCGAACAUCUUAGUAGAUGAUACGCUGCCUUCUGAGGUGGAUAAAGCUCUCCUUGGCUCGGUGAAGGACAGCAUCGUACAGGGCUUCCAGUGGGGAACUAGAGAAGGACCCCUCUGUGAUGAACCAAUCCGUAAUGUCAAGUUUAAGAUCCUGGAUGCAGUAAUAGCUCAGGAGCCGCUACACAGAGGAGGAGGACAGGUCAUUCCUACAGCCAGGAGAGUUGUGUAUUCAGCUUUCCUCAUGGCCACGCCCAGGCUUAUGGAACCCUAUUACUUUGUGGAGGUUCAAGCUCCUGCUGACUGCGUAUCUGCUGUGUACACUGUACUGGCACGCAGAAGAGGUCAUGUGACUCAGGACGCACCCAUCCCCGGCUCCCCGCUCUACACCAUCAAGGCUUUCAUUCCAGCAAUCGACUCAUUUGGGUUUGAGACUGAUCUCCGCACGCACACACAGGGCCAGGCCUUCUCCCUCAGUGUGUUCCACCACUGGCAGAUCGUUCCUGGUGAUCCUCUGGAUAAGAGCAUUGUGAUUCGUCCAUUGGAGCCUCAGCCCGCCCCUCACCUAGCCAGAGAGUUCAUGAUCAAGACCCGCAGACGCAAGGGUCUGAGCGAGGACGUCAGUAUCAGCAAGUUCUUCGACGACCCUAUGUUGUUGGAGCUGGCCAAGCAGGACGUGGUGCUGAACUAUCCCAUGUAAUGAAAAAGGACAGUACAGAUAAAUGAUCAUCCUCUAUCAGCCCUUAACCACAUUCAACCAGCAUCAGCUGACCCCAUCUGCGGUUAAGAUUUGCCCCAGCUGCUGUUUUCAGCACACUCUUCCCCAGUGUCGAAGUUUGAGGGCUUUCCAGAGCUCCUCUUCAGUUCUCCCAGUGCUCAGUUUCUAAAACACAAGCAGAGUGCGAGAUACAGCCAUUCUGUCUAAUUAAUUACUGUCCUCAACGUCUAUCGUCACCGUCAAAGGUCUUUCUGACCUUCUGUGUGGAACAAAACGUUCCCCUCCUCGCGGAGUGUACCUGAUGUUUGUGUGUUUGCUUAUUUUUAUAUAUGAGAACACAAAUUUUGUACAGGAAAAUAAUGAAAAAUAAAUUGGCAGGAGUCUUUUGUCUUUUUGUAGAAUCAUUGUGAAGUUUGGAAGCGGAAAUAAAAAAAAAAUACUGUUCUGCCUGGAAA